CACGCAGAGACGAACAAGGAAGACAAAUCUAAUUUACCCAAUUCCUAGUCUUUGGGCUUUUCAGACGACGGUAUGCGGAGGACUUUAAACCCAGGGAAGUCAUCUUCUUCCUCUGCUAAUUCUGCAGAUUGUGAUGUCGGCUUGGGGUUGCAGCUUCACCCCUCUCAUUACUCCGAUUCCCAAUCCUGCGCCGGCGCCGGCGCCGGCGGAGGAGUGCCGUUCUUCAGCUACUCAGGGAACCCAAUUGACCACACAGAAAGGCUUUUCCCGCCGGCGGCCAUGGCGGUGUCGGGAAAAAAUCUGUUUACAGCUACGCAGUGGGAAGAACUGGAGAGGCAACAAAUGAUUCACAAGUAUAUGAUGGCUUCUGUUCCUGUUCCUGCUCACCUGCUCUUUGCAAAUGGAAAUACUGCCACGUCAUCGUCGUCUUCUUCGUUGUCUCUUCCUUAUUUUCAUCGUCCUGUCGGGGUUCCACAAUCCGGCGGUAGUACAGUGUCCGGCGGGUCAGGUCUGGACCUUAGGUUCUCGUCAAACGGGUCGGAUCCGGAGCCGUGGAGGUGCAGAAGAACCGACGGGAAGAAAUGGAGGUGCUCACGUGACGUGGCGCCUGAUCAGAAGUACUGCGACCGCCAUGCCCACAAGAGCCGCCCUCGUUCAAGAAAGCCUGUGGAACACCUCUCUGCAAACCCUAAUGUCGCCGGCGCCGGCGCCGCCAUUAAUGUUCAAACAGAGCAAUCCCAAUCCAGGUUCGUUAGAGGCGGUGCCGGGAAUACCGCCGGCCGGCAACAAUGGCAGCAGCUGAUUCAGGCGCCGGCGGGAUCGGAAGUGAGGAAUAAAGAUGAGGAUCGGCGGAGGUUUGAAAAUUCCGGUUUGCAUCAUCUCGCCGGCGACGAUGGCUUCGACGGAAUCGCCGGCGGCGGCAAGGGUUUGUUCUUGCCGCCGUCUCUGAGCAAUAGAUUCUCGCCGUCUUCGCUGACUCUGUCCAUCUCCGGCGACGGCGACGCUGCCGGAGAUUCGGGAAUUGGGGCGGCGGCGGCGGUGAUGAAUGACGGCGACGGAGUUCUGAAAGUGCCGCCGUGGAUGAACCCCUGGGUGCACCCCGGCGGACCGCUGGGGGAGGCGCUGCGGGUGGGGGGUAAUGCUAACGUGACCAGGGGUGGGUCGAAUUUGGCGUCACCGCACAGCAGUAAAAGCUCUUGCGAGGACGGCGGGUUCAAUUUCAUUGGAUGACAGGCGGCGGUGUUUUGAAUUGUAUCUAUUUUGGCUAAGACAAGAUCGACGGCUGGGGUUGAGCCACGUGGUGUGUGCAGCCGUAGAUGAUGGUGUGUGGCCGCCAUCGCUUUCUUCUGUUCAAUUUGUCAUGUGCACAAAUUUAAUGAAACACAUAUUCACAAGGCUUCUAUUGCAUCAAUUAUUUGCCCA